AUGGCGUCCGACGGCGACUCCUCGGCGGCCCGCCCCCGCGUCUUCUUCGACAUCUCGCUCGGCGGCAAGCCCGUCGGCCGCAUCACCAUGGAGCUCUACGCCGACAUCGUCCCCAAGACGGUCGACAACUUCCGCGCCCUCUGCACCGGCGAGAAGGGCAACGGCAAGUCCGGCAAGCCCCUCCACUACAAGGGCUCCAUCUUCCACCGCGUCAUCAAGCAGUUCAUGAUCCAGGGUGGUGAUUUCACUGCUGGCGAUGGCACCGGCGGCGAGUCCAUCUACGGCGCCAAGUUCGAGGACGAGGCCUUCCCCAUCAAGCACGAGAAGCCGUUCCUGCUCUCCAUGGCCAAUGCCGGCCCCAACACCAACGGCUCGCAGUUCUUCAUCACCACCGUGCCCACUCCCCACCUCGACGGCAAGCACGUCGUCUUUGGCGAGGUCCUCAACGGCAAGUCCAUUGUCCGCCAGAUCGAGAACUUGGCUACCCAGUCCGGCGAUCGCCCCGCCAAAGAGGCCCUUAUCGCCAACUGCGGCGAGCUCACCGGCGACGCUGCCCUCGCCGCCGACCUCAAGCAGCCCGAUUCCAUGGGUGAUCCCUACGAGGAUUUCCCCGAGGACUGCCAGGACCCCCUCGACGCUGCCGCCGUCCUCAAGAUCGCCACUGCCUGCAAGGACUACGGCAACAAGGCCUUCAAGGCCGGCACCUUUGCCCUCGCCGUCGACAAGUACCAGAAGGGCCUGCGCUACCUCAACGAGGACCCCGACCUCGAAGGCCAGCCCGAAACUACCAAGGCCGACCUCCUCGCCCUCCGCUUCUCCCUCAACAACAACUCGGCUCUCCUGAACAUCAAGCUUGAGGCCUACGAGGACGCCCUCCGUGCUGCCACCGCCGCCCUCGACGUCCGUGGCACCAAGGACGCCGACCGCGCAAAGGCCCUCUACCGCCGCGGCUUCUCCCACGUCCGCCUCAAGGACGAGGAGGCUGCCCUGCGCGACCUGGAGCUGGCCCACAAGCUCGUCCCCGAGGACGGCGUCGUCGCCAACGAGCUGAACAGCGUCAAGGCCAAGGCCGCUGCCCGUGCUGCCAAGGAGAAGGCCGCCUACAAGAAGUUCUUCGUCUAG